AUGUCUUCCAAAUCUCUCUUCACAGCGGCCGUCACGGUUGGAAUAAGCUGCGUUGCAGCAGCGGCCUCCAACUCGACCUCAUUUAGGGCCCGAUUCCCCGAGGCAGCAGUCCAAACAGUCGACGUGGUUGUCGUGGGUGGUGGCGCAUCGGGGGCGAACGCAGCGGUCCAUUUCAAGGAUGCUGGCCUUUCUCUCGUGCUCGUCGAAAAACAGGACCGACUUGGUGGAAUGGUUAACAGCUGGACCGAUCCUACAACAGGGACUAAUUAUGAUUACGGAGUGGCAACAUACACCAACGUCACCGGCACAGUCGAAUUCUUCAACCGCCUGGGCGUCGAUAUUGUUGAGCCAGACGAGGACAGUGCAUUUACCUCCUACUAUGCGGACUUUGCCACGGGGGAAACCGUGGAUUACGUUGCUCCUAGCGUCACAGACGAGCUUCUCGCCUUAGAGAGAUUCUACAACGUAUCCAGUCUGUACCAGGACCUGUUCCUUCCUUCAUACGCCAAUUGGCCCGCACCCGAUGAUAUCCCGGAAGACUUGUUGAUGCCGUUUCGUGAUUUCGCCAUCAAAUACAACCUGAACGAUACCAUGCUACUCAUAUGGGCCGGCAUCGGCGCCGGCCUAGCCGACAUGCUCGACGCACCAACCCUAUACCUACUGCAAACAUUCGGCCCUCAAACCGCCGCCGUCUUUCUAGGCACCGACGUGCAAUACGUGCCCGCAUCCGGCCGCAACCAAGACAUCUACGACGCAGCCGUCCACAUCCUCGACGACUCAGUCCUCCUGAACAGCAUGGUCAUCGAAUCGGUCCGUCUUCCAGGAAACCUCGGUGUCGAACUCCUCAUCCAAAACAAACUCCACGGAACCUACACCAUCAUCCUCGCCAAACGCCUAGUAAUGGCCAUUGAACCCACUCCAUCCAACAUGGCCCCCUUCUCCCUCGACGACACCGAAUCCUCCAUCUUCAAUCAAGCCACAUGGAGCGUCGUCCACACUGGAAUCGUCUCCCAUCCUUCUCUCCCAGUCAACGGCCUCGUUUACAAUCUCCCCAGCACAGCAGUAAACGGGAACGACUUCGCGUACCCUGAGCCUCCGUUCGUGGAUUACUUCGAGUACCUAGGAAACAACCUCUGGCAAGUCAUCGUCGUCGGAUGGUUGGGAUUUACCGAAUCCGCGGCCCAGGAAUUGGCCAACGAGGCACUCCAAGCCCUUGCCGCGGCUGGAACGAUCCCAGCUACUAAUGGCACGAACCUGACGAUCAAGGCUUGGUCGAACCACGGGGCUAUGGAUAUGCGUACGACGGCUGAGAAUCUUAAAAAGGGGUAUAUUCAGAAUCAGUAUGCUCUGCAGGGCUAUCGGUCGACGUAUUGGACCGGUGGGGCGUUUUCGAAUCAGUUGUCGACGUAUCUUUGGUGGUUUAAUUUGGAGUACUUGGUUCCGCUUGUUAGGGGGAGUUUCGAUUGA